UUUCUUGGCAGUUGUCCAGGUGUGAAUGAAAACCUGAAAGGAAGGGCCGUGGUCGUUCCCAGGAAAGGAGGAAGGGGGAUAGUGACUGGUGCUGCAAUGUACAUACAUUAGACUAGAGAUGAUGUAAUAAUCUUCCAGCUGUAACAGAGCAGUUACACAAUUCAAACUGUGGUCUUUCAACAAUUCAACAAGACAAGUGCGUGACCCAUCUGAGGACACCAAGUUGUUGAUCACCAUGGCAAUGAUGAAAGUACUGACAGGAAAGUACCGUACUACAGGCAUGGCGCCUCUGGACCUAUCCUCCUGUAGUAAAAGUGACAUCCUUGAAUACUUUGAAGCCAGCUAUGAUUUGAAUGAAAGCCUCUUCACUGGGCUCAAAGAUGAGGAGGCGUUCUACAAGUGUCCAGACCGGCUGCGGCUGCCUCUGAUCUUCUACUACGCCCACACGGCCACCGUGUACGUGAACAAACUGAUGCUGGCAGGGCUGAUGUCACAGAGGGUCAACCUGCACUUUGAGACCAUGUUUGAGACUGGAGUGGAUGAAAUGUCCUGGGACGACACGGAGAACUACCGUAUGGGCGGCAGUUUCCAGUGGCCCCCGCUGGAGGAGACGGUGGAGUUUCGCCGCCUGGUCCGCAACCGCAUCCGUCAGCUGAUCGAGGACACGCCCCUCCAACUGCCAAUCACACAGGACAGCCCAUGGUGGGCUGUGAUGAUGGGUGUGGAGCACGAGAAGAUUCACAUUGAGACGUCCUCUGUGCUCAUCAGGCAGAUGCCCAUCACCAUGGUAACCACCCCUCCUAAGUGGAAGUACGCUCCAGCUAGCACAGGCGCCAGUAUCAAGAAGAACCCCCUGCUCCGUGUGGAGGGGGCAGAGGUGACGUUUGGCAAACCAGAGGACUUCCCCUCCUAUGGCUGGUGUGUGGAGUACGGACAGAGAACUUUCAAGGUUCCAACAUUUGAGGCCUCCAAGUUCAAGGUGACCAACCGUGAGAUCCUGCAGUUUGUGAAGGCAGGAGGGUACGAGAACUCCUCCUAUUGGACAAAAGAAGGGUGGAAGUGGCGAUGUUUCCGUCAAGCACGACAUCCCACAUUCUGGGUCUGCACCAAAGGAUGUAAGUCUGGCUGUGGGGCUGUCAUUUCUUCCCAUUCCCACUGCCUGCCGGAAUACUUCACCACUACCUACAGUGACCCAAAUGUCGGGCACUCCAAUGGCAACGGUAUCAGUCCUCAAAAUGGGGUCCAAAAUGGAACAAGCAACGGGCACCAGAAUGGCACCGCUAAUGGACAACACAAUGGAAAUGAAUGUCAGCCAGACUUCAGACUGCGUGUGAUGUUUGAUGUGAUAGAGAUGCCCUGGGACUGGCCGGUGGUGGUGAACUACCACGAAGCUCGCGCCUUCUGCGCCUGGAAAGGUCCGGAGUUCCGCAUGCUGACGGAGGCAGAGUUCAACAUGAUCCAGGGCGGGGCACUGGGCGACCCCAGCAAGGGUGUGACCUCUGACCCUGUGUUCCACAAGGAUCCACAGGCCAACUUUAGACUGACCUUUGGGUCUUCAUCGCCCGUCGACCUCUACCCACCAAACGACCUUGGAUUCCAUGAUGUGUACGGGAAUGUGUGGGAGUGGGUGGAGGACCACUUUAACGGCCUGCCUGGAUACAAGCAGCACCACCUGUAUGACGACUAUGCAUCUCCAUGCUUUGAUGCCCGCCAUGGGCUCAUGUUGGGUGGUUCCUGGGCCUCUGAUGGUACUUACAACUCCCGCUUUUCCCGCAUGGGCUUCCGUCGCCACUUCUACCAACACGCUGGCUUCCGCGUGGCACGAACCCUGCCUGGUGCCGGGAAGUCCCCAGUUGUCAUGGUGAACACGGAUGUGUACAUUUUAGGAGCGGGGGUGGAAGAAAAUGACCUGACUGUACCAGAAACAGUUGGUCUGGAGGUUGUCCCAAUGUCAAGCACCAACAAACAGUUCCAUCAGGAAACAGAAGAACAACUAGCGGCCAUGUUGGCCCUGCAGUAUGGAAACAGUGGCCAGAACUACUCCAAGGACCUGGCAGACUUCUGUGUGGAGAAGGCGAACCUUUACGGCUGUCCGCUCCAGAACGUCGUGCAGUUGGGAUGUGGGACUGGAGGAGUGGUGUACCAGCUGGCCAGAACUUACAAGGAGGUGAUUGGUGUUGACUACUGUGGCCGAUGUCUGGAUGCUGCCAUUACACUGCAGAAGACGGGGGAGUUUCAUUGGCCAACACCGAACAAGGCAAAGAAGCCGCGUACGGAGAACGGGACCACCACUGUCAGCAUUCCAGCAGACGUGCAGAAGGACAGGCUGACCUUCAAACAGAUGACCUGGGUGCCCAAUGAGAUCCCAAAAGCUGACCUGAUCCUGAUGGACUUCCUGGACAGAGUCACCAACCCUAAAGCCUGGUGGCUGCGGCUGUGGGAGAUCGUCACCGACAACGGAAUCGUCGUGGUGAUCUCACAGAAGGUCGGGAAGGACAAACUGUCAGCCGACUUGGGCAAGAAGUUUGAUCUGCUGGAGGAACAGGAGUACCAGUUCCAGGACUCUCAGGGUCAGUCCAAGGUUGCUAUGGCAACCAUCUGGAAGCUCAAGCUGUAACUAUGGCAACCAUAUGGAAGCUCAAGCUGUAACUAUAGCAACAGAUGACUUCCAGCAAGUGGCUUGCCAAUCAUCAAGCUGAUAGAUAAGAUUUUACAUGUAACUAGACAAUUAUAUCUGUAAGAUUGAGGUGUCAAUAUUUCUGUUGUGCAUUAUAAAAAGGCUACUCCAGGGAACCUUUGAAAAAAAUUCUAGUAUUUAUAACUAUUAUGUAUGGUACAGAUGAUCCGUACUUCUCAUACCUUUUACAACUUUAAAACUAUGACUGUCAGGUGAAACCAUAGAACUAGGAAGAUUUGUUUGAGCAGUUCUUUAGCAUAGGAAAACAAGACAGACCUUGGCAAUAUCACCUACAGAUGAAAACUUUCUUCUCUACAUUCCUCCUUUGUAAAAUUGGAAAAUGUGGUGUUUUAUUUUCUUGAUGAAUUUUCAGAUUAUGUGCUGAAAUACAUGUCCAGUCUAUAUGUAGAUACAGAUACAUACAUAAAAAACAACUUUCAUUCAUUCAUUCAUUAAUACAUGUUCCAUUGUGGUGAAGUUUAACCAUUUUACUCGCUACCCCUUCUAACCACUCUAAAAUCUUGCUGUACAAAAUUGAAGAAUUCUACAGUAUUUGAAGUCUUUUCAUUUCAAGUGCAGUUUUGCAGGAUUGACAAUCUGUUAUCAUAAUGCUAAGCAUUAUUUGUUUAAACCCCUGACCUCAGCCAGAUGUAUGGCCAUGUAUGAUGUAAGAUGUUGGUGUGCUGAUCAUUUGUAACCUGUUUAUCUUGUAACAAUUUGAGGCAAAUCCUUGAUACAUAAAAUCAGUAAUGAUCAUACAAAAAUCUAUGAGAAUGAGAGUGCUUUUACCGGCAACUAGAUCUGAGUGCAAUGAUGUCUUUGUGUUCAACAUUGACAACUCCUUGUGUGUGCAACCCUAGAUAGACAGUAUUCUAACUUAAAUUAUCACUUUUUAUAUAGAAUGUCUAGAGCAAAAGUGAAGGGGCUGAUUUUACUUGAAUAUCCUUGUAGUAAGCAUUAGAACAUUUUGAAGAUUAGGUGUGACUUGGAUGGAUACAAUUAUUUUUUGGAAAAGAUUUCCUUCAUUUGUGUGAACUAUCUGUUAUUGUAGUGUCUGGCCAGCAAGGGUUUGGGAGAGUUAAAGAUACUAGUGCUGAUUUUUUUUUUAAAUUUCUAUGCCAAUACUUCCUCUGUCUCUUUUAUCUCUUUUACUUUAUAUGUACAGCUUUGAUAAUUCUUCCCUCCUUUUUUAACACUUACCUCAAUCCUUUCUGGCCCUUGUUAAAGUUAGGUUUUGUUAAAUUUGUGGUUCAGUUUUAGUUUACUUGGCCAGUAAUGUCCACAUACCAGGUGUAUGUCUAUAGCCAAGCCUUGGUUACAAUGUAAUCAGACUUAAUGGUAUUAAAGUUUUGCUUAAUUUGUAAAAGAGCACAUUUUUUACAAAAUGUGUGAAAUGUCCCUAGGUACAACAAGUGAUUUCCUUCAGUGAAAUAUAGUACCUAAUUCUGUUUUUAUACCCA